AUGACGAAAAUCACUAGAAAUGCUUCAAGUACAACAGAUAAUUCAACAUCCACAUCUGGGACUACGACGACGUCGUGCGCAUCUUUAAAUAGAAACAAUCUGCAAAGAUUCAACCAAUCACGGGGAAGAAUAAGAUCCGACUCAUUAUUCAUUGAAGGAUCUGAUCCAUCUCCACCAUUGCAAGCAGAGUCAUAUAACGUCUAUAUUGAUGGCAGCAAGUAUAGCGAAAUACUCAAAAGAGAUACAAAUUCGAGUAGCCCAGAUAGUAGACAGGUCUUCGAAGAUGCUAGAACUGACAAUUUCUAUGAAAAAUCACAUAGUGUUCUAGAGAAUUCAAUUCUAGAUUUGAUACGACGAGAUUCAGCAACGGCAGCAUCUCCAAUACCUCCGCCAUGCUCGAAUGAAAAGAACAGAAAUUCCUCAAACGGUUCGUCCGCUGAAACUAACCCACAUGGACACAGUAGCAGCGGUACCAUAUCCACGUCAGUGCUGUUGAACAUGAGUUCCACCGAAAAGCACAUUGGGAUGACCAGAAGAGAAUGUUUGGAAUCAUCUUCAAUGAAAUCAUUCGAAAAAUUGAGGGUGAGGCCUUCCUCAUCAUAUUAUCCACCUCUUGAGGGAACUCCACCGUGUCAAGGACCAAGAAAUACAGUUUCUAAACGCAAAGCUACAAGCCAAGUUCAGGAUACAUAUUCACCUUCUUAUAUACCGUAUGGUAACGGACUUAUACCAUGUAAUGAAGAGACUAUUGAGGUAGUAAAGAGUAGAGUUCCUAACGAUGAAAUAAGUGAUGCUUUUGAUAAAGCUUUUAUUCCACAUGAGUUUCAGAUCCCUAAAAAGGCCUGGAAUAGGCCCUCAGCGAAUAGGUUUUCUAAACUCCAAUCUCCGCGAAACCAUUCCCUUCUGACUGACAUACUAAAGCCUGUUGCGGCUGCUGACUCUGCUUGCAACCAGGGAAACCCUUCUAUAGUAUUAGAAGAUACAGUACAUCCAAGUGCACUGUAUGAUUCAUUUAAAGAAAGUCUUCAAACUGGACUGCAAGACCAAAGACAGAAGAAAAGCAACCAACUCAGUUUAGAAAAAACUUGUAGUCCUCGGGUCCCACUUGAGAUCGCAAAGGAUUCCAUGCGUAGUCAAAAUUUGUCAUAUGAGAAAGAACAUCAAAAUAAUGCAGAAGGCAAACAAGUUCCUGAGGUCAACACAGAAAACAACGCUAUUAAGCAAUGCCAAUAUGUAAAAAUUCACGAGAAAACCAAUCAAGAUCGGCAACUAAGUUUUCAAAUGAACACAAUGCCUAUUCAGAGGAUAGACUCCUCCUCAAUACGUUCAUAUGAUUCACAACUGUAUGGAUUUUCUGAGGUUUAUAGUAUUCCAAGAGUUACACUAGCACUGUGCGUUUGCCUUUUGAUUCCACCUCUGUUCUUUUUCUUUUCAGUUAGUGGUGGUAGUGGCAUUUCAAAUUAUAGAUUAAUGAGAAUGAUUAUGAAUUACGAACAUAGAAUCGGUCUCCUCAAAGGAUUUGAAUGGGACAUCGAUGUACAUUGGUUCAGAACAUUGUGCUUUGUAUUAGGAUGCAUAGAGAUCUCAGUAAUAUUCGCUAGCAUAGGAAUAGGGUUUGGUGUAGGGAUGACAAGAGAAUAA